CACUGGGCUCGAGUACCUGGCGCCCGCGGGGCCGGGCGGGGCAGACCCCGCCCUCUCUGGCCCGCUUUACACUCCCAGGGGAGUCUCCUAAGGGAAAUGGCCAGAGAGGCUUAAGUAGUCCUCUGCAGUUUGGUGCAAGUCGCAGACGACUUUUCUUUCUGCAGAGCACUAAGAUCUGACUUUAGACUCACAAAGAGGAAGCACUUUUGAAUUGAGGGUCCUGAGUAGAAUACAGAUUGCGUGGUCAAGGGCACCUCCUCCGUGAGUUUCCUGUGCUCUUCUGUGCUCUGGAAGACUUCAGAGAAAGCUUCAAAUAUUUCUUGCCACAUUUUAUUUUAUUUUACUUGCUUUUUAACCUUGGACACGAUGUCGUCCAAGAAGGUUACCCUCUCAGUGCUCAGCCGGGAGCAGUCAGAAGGAGUUGGAGCGCGAGUCCGCAGAAGCAUCGGAAGACCCGAGUUAAAAAAUCUGGAUCCAUUUUUACUAUUAGAUGAAUUUAAAGGUGGUAGACCAGGUGGAUUUCCUGAUCACCCACACCGAGGUUUUGAAACAGUAUCUUACCUCCUGGAAGGGGGCAGCAUGGCCCAUGAAGACUUCUGCGGACACGCUGGUCAGUUGAACCCAGGAGACCUGCAGUGGAUGACCGCGGGCCAGGGCAUCGUGCAUGCUGAGAUGCCUUGCUCAGAGGAGCCAGUCCACGGCCUACAACUGUGGGUUAAUUUGAGGAGCUCACAGAAGAUGGUGAAGCCUCGGUACCAGGAACUGAAAAGUGACGAAAUCCCUAAACCCAGUCAAGAUGGCGUGACCGUUGCUGUUAUUUCUGGAGAAGCCCUGGGAAUCAAGUCCAAGAUUUACACUUACACACCAACCUUAUAUUUGGACUUUAAAUUGGACCAAGGAGCGAAGCAUGUGCAAUCUAUUCCUAAAGGGUGGACAAGCUUCAUUUAUACCAUAUCUGGAAAUGUGUAUAUUGGACCCGAUGAUGCACAGCAAAAAAUAGAACCUCAUCACACAGCCGUGCUGGGAGAAGGUGACAGUGUCCACGUGGAGAACAAGGAUCCUCAGAGAAGCCACUUUGUCCUAAUUGCUGGGGAGCCAUUAAAAGAACCAGUUGUCCAGCAUGGUCCAUUUGUGAUGAACACAGAUGAAGAGAUUUCUCAGGCCAUUCUUGAUUUCAGAAAUGCGAAAAACGGCUUUGAAAGAGCCAAAACCUGGAAAUCAAAGAUUGGAAACUAGUGACAAGCAUAAGCGCAGCUCUGACUGCCUUCUAGAAUGUUGCCCUUUGUGGCAUCCACCCAUUUAGGGUGUGCAGUUUCCAAGGAUGAUUUCGCCAGUGUUUGUAAAGAAUUCCACACUCAAGUGACAACAUGUUUUCUUUUUUUUAAAUAUAGCACUGUGUGUAAGAUAUUUCCUGGCCCGAGCAAAUAAACCUAAUUGUUGC